AUGUUGGGAACUACGAUUUAUAGGAGAGACCGUCUCCGACGGUUGAUUGUUAUUGCUCUACUCGCGUUUGUAGCUUACACACUUCUUUUGAGACCGGUGAAGUCUAUUCGAGAAGUGAAUGUUAAACUUGGUAAGGAUGGAGGAUCCUCUAUUGAGACCCUUGAAGUCGAAGAGCCUGAAAGUGAAAUGUUAGCAGAAGAGAUAUCCGCAGAAGAAUUAUACAUCAUCCGCACUCGGAGUAAUGAAUAUAUAUUAAUAGUUGAUGCGCGCUCGAAAGAGGAAUUUGAUGAAGCCCAUAUCAGUGGCGCUUUGCCUCUUGAGAAAUUUGAAAAGACCGAUUUUGACCGUUUCCCAAAGAUUAGAGUGUUUUUCUAUUCGAACCACCAGGACAGAAGCAAAGAAACAGCGAACUACUAUGCUUCUCGAGGUAUUAAGGCAAUCUAUUUGAAGGGAGGUCUCACUGAGUGGGACCACGAACAGAGAGCUCGUCUUGUUGAGCGUUCUAGCCUGUAAGAGAAAUAAUCAGCAAUUUGCUAUUCUUUGUA